GGAAGGGGCCGGUGGAGCGGCGCGUGGCGCCGGUUGCGCGGCGCCGGUUGCGCGGCGGGAGGCGGUGGGGCUGCGGGCCCGGCCCGGCGGGGCCAUGGCGGGAGCGGAGGCGGCCGCGGAGGCGGCCGGCGGCGCUCAGGGCCCGGCCGAGGAGGGCGCGGAGCUGGCGGCCGUGAUCGGCGCCACCGUGCCCACCGGGUUCGAGCUGACGGCGGCCGCCGAGGUGCAGGAGAAGCUGGGCUCGGCCUCCCGGAUCAGCAGGGACCGCGGCAAGAUCUACUUCGAGGUGCCGGCCGGGGCGCUGCCGCAGGUGCACCGCCUCAGGUCGGUGGAUAAUUUAUUCGUGGUUGUUCAGGAGUUCCAAGACUAUCAGUUUAAAGAGAGCAAGGAAGAUGCCCUAAAGGAUUUGGAAGAUUUGGUUAAACAGCUGCCUUGGACUGAUCCGUUGAAAGUGUGGGAGCUGAACAACAGCUUGAAAAAGAAAAAGACAAAACGCAAAAAGCAUCAUCUGCAGAGAACAGCGAGCAAAGAGAAACAGAACGAGGAUGGAGCGGAGGAAGGAGCAGCUCCCAAAGACGUGAGCGCAGAGGAGGACGGUGCCCCAGGACCCACCGGCGGGCAGGACACCGAGGAGGCGGCGGGACAGGCACCUCAAAACGGGGAGGAGGAGGAGAACGAGCAGUCGGAUGCCAAAGAUGAGUUGCAGGCGGGUUCCGGGAGCGAGACCAAGGUGGGCGAAGGGGACGUGAAGGUGCUCAAGUUCCGUGUGACGUGCAAUCGAGCGGGGGACAAGCACAGCUUCACGUCCAACGAGGCUGCGAGGGACUUCGGCGGGGCCGUGCAGGAGCACUUCCAGUGGAAAGCCGACAUGACCAACUUUGACGUGGAGGUUCUUCUGAAUAUUCACAACAAUGAAGUAGUUGUGGGCAUCGCGUUAACUGAAGAGAGUCUUCACAGAAGAAACAUUACACAUUUUGGACCCACAACUCUCCGUUCAACUCUGGCCUAUGGCAUGCUUCGGCUCUGCGACCCGCAGCCGACAGACAUCAUCGUGGAUCCCAUGUGCGGCACGGGCGCGAUACCAAUCGAGGGAGCUACAGAAUGGCCCAGCUGCUACCACAUCGCUGGCGAUAACAACCCACAGGCUGUGAAGAGAGCGGCAAACAACAUCUGUUCUCUGCUAAAGAAGAACGAGAAUAAGGAAAGCAGCACGUCCCCAGGCAUACCCCUAGACAUCAUCCAGUGGGACAUCUGCAACCUGCCCCUGCGCAGCGGCUCUGUGGACAUCAUCGUGACCGACAUGCCCUUUGGGAAGAGGAUAGGGUCAAAGAAGAAGAACUGGGAUCUGUAUCCCGCCUGCCUGCUGGAGAUGGGGCGGAUCUGCGCGCCGGGCACCGGCCGCGCCGUGCUGCUCACGCAGGACAAGAAGUGCUUCGCCAAGGCCUUGUCGCGAAUGGGACACAUCUGGCGCAAAGCUCAGACCGUCUGGGUGAACGUCGGGGGGCUUCACGCUGCUGUGUAUCUUCUGAAACGCACCUGGGAGAGGGCGGAGGAAAAGAGGUCGUUCUGGUAACCAUGGAGAGGAUGAGACACCCCCAGACCUGCUGGAGAGCAGCCUGGCACAGCAGACACCCGAGAGCAGCGUCUGUCAGUUCCUACGGGAGGAAACCAAACAACUUGCGUAGAAAUUGUGUAAAGUAAAUAUUAAACAAGGGAUCAACUUCGGAGCUGCCAGUUGUACUAUGUGUUCUGAAACCUCUUUACUUAAAUCGCCUCUUUCCUCCCUGCCACCCAAACCGAAAUUCAGUGGUGAAUCAGUAACACAUUCCUUUGCUCGGGGCUUCUCUACCAUGGCCCUUGUUUGCUUCACUUAAAUGUUCUUCUGUUUGUGGUAGAAAACACGUUCAGGCAGCUUUGGAGGUAGCAGUGAAUUUAUUUCCCAAACUGUGGAAGUUGUACGUGGAUCUUGAAAUGACUAACGGCACUACAAAAACUGUCGUCUUGAAGGGUUGGGAGGCACUAUCUUCUUUAAUACGGGAUUUUUCAAAAUUGAAGUUUUCUGGUUGAUACCAUCGCCCAAAUGUAAACUAAGAUUAUAAGCCCGUAUCUGCUUUUCAUGGUCUGAUAAGCAAAUGCCAAUUAGCAGUUACUGUUUUUCUUACCUGUUAUUUCAACUUAGUGCUAGUUAACAGUAAAUGUCUGAUCCGUGUGUUCUUGUACCCCUGCCGUGGUUGGGGGGAACACACAGCCUUAGCAAAGGGGCUGUAGCUACUGUAUGAGAACAGAGAUACUUUUAGCAGUUAUAUUUAAAAGUUGAUGUUUCCAAUGUCUACUGUAGACAUAUCAAGGUGGCAACAUGUUUAAAUUUAUUAGGUGAUUUAACUGCUGUAGUUAUGCCCGCUAUUUACAGAAAUACAUUACCUGUUGAGUAACUGGAAGUUGCAAAUGCUUUUUCUGCGGUAAAUGUUGUGUGGUUUCUCAAGCCUCUGACGCUUUGCCCAGCAGAGCCUGAACACACUGGUUACCAGUUGCCGUUUUCAUCCACGUGUAUUAAUGCGAAGUGCAUGGAAGUGUUGAGAGGCGCAUUAACAAGUAUUAAAGUUUUAGAAGUUUUGCAUAGGAGAGAA